AUGGCAGCGAUGCGGUCGCCGGAAGUGGUGCUGGUAAGAGCUGGCACGUGGUGGAUGCGGCUCGUACCGGUGGUACUGCUGAUGCUGCUGCUGCUGUCCCUCGAAGCCGGUGCGCUCGAUCUAGAGAAAUGCAAAACCCCAUUAGGCAUGGAAUCGUUCGCGAUCAAUGACUCACAAAUUACGGCCAGCUCGGCGCACGACAUAGGCAACGUUGGACCACAACAUGCCAGAUUAAAAGUGGACAACAAUGGAGGCGCCUGGUGCCCGAAGCACAUGGUGUCGCGCGGCCUGAAAGAGUACCUGCAGAUCGACCUGCAGAAAAUGCACGUCAUCACGGCCAUCAAAACGCAGGGCCGCUUCGGUAAAGGCCAGGGCCGAGAGUACACGGAAGCGUACGCGCUGGAGUACUGGCGACCCGGGUUCACCAAAUGGAAGCGAUGGAAAAACACGCGCGACAACGAGAUCCUGAGCGGUAACAUCAACACCUACAGCGAGGUGGAGCAAGCCCUGCAACCAAUUAUAUUCGCCACGAAAAUUCGCAUCUACCCGUACAGCCUGUACGACCGGACGGUUUGUCUGCGCGCCGAAAUCAUCGGCUGCGAGUGGGAAGAAGGCAUCAUCUCGUACAGCAUUCCCAAGGGCGUCAUCCGUGGUGUCGAGGUCGAUCUGUCCGAUCGUACGUACGAUGGCGAGGAGGAAGGCGACAGGCUCGUCCACGGACUCGGCCAGCUGGUCGACGGGCAAAAAGGAGCCGACAAUUUCCGCAUCGAUAUACAUGGUUUCGGAAAAGGAUACGACUGGGUUGGUUGGCGUAAUGACUCACUCGGAUGGGCUGGCAAGCCGGUGGAGAUGGUGUUCGAGUUCGACUCGGUGCGCAACUUUAGCUCCAUGGUGCUGCACACCAACAACAUGUUCAGCAAGGACGUGCAGGUUUUCGUGCACGCGAAGGUAUUCUUCAGCAUCGGCGGGCAACACUUCACCGGUGAACCGGUUCAGUUCUCGUACAUGCCGGACACCGUCAUGGAAAAUGCUCGCGACGUCACGAUCAAGAUGCACCAUCGAGUGGGGCGAUACGUGCAGAUUCACCUGUACUUUGCGCUGCGCUGGAUCAUGCUGAGUGAAAUAUCCUUCAACUCCGUGCCAGUGACGGGCAACUUUUCCGACGAGGAAGUCAACGGAAACUCGAUCUCGCAGGAAAACUCCAUCGAGUACCCGCUGCAACGCGACGAGUCGGGCAUCAACAUCGUGAACAAGGGCGAACGGAACCACGUCACGCAGAUUAUCUCGCCGAAACCGAUCGACCAGGAGCAGGAGCCGCAUGUCAUCGGCGUCGUGAUAGCGGUCCUGACGACCAUCAUUCUGCUGCUGAUCGUCAUCAUCAUGUUCAUCGUGGCGAAGAACAAGCGCACCAGGACGGCGGCGGUUCUCGACGCGCUGCAGCACAAUUUGCAUACCGACAGUUUGGGCAUCGACAAGCGACUGAACAGCAAUUUCAAGGUAUCGAUAGACGAUAAUGAAUCGAUUGAUAAGAGCAGCCUCUACCACGAACCGUUCAAUGUAAAUAUGUACACCAGUGCCGCCAGCGGGUGUUCGAUGAACGACAUGCAGCGCCAUCACAUCACUCCGGACUACACAGAUGUUCCCGAUAUCGUGUGCCAGGAGUACGCCGUACCACACAUGCAGGAUCUGAUACCGAAGAUCCCCGGUGGUUACGUGAGCGUACGGUUGACGCCCCCUACGCUGAACAACAUCUUUCCGAAGCCUCCACCGGUACCACCACCCCCAGAGAAGUACUACGCCGCCACGGCCAUCUGCAAAUCGUCCACGACGCCAACCACCCCAUCGAACCAGCAGCAGCAACAGCAGCAACUGAACGCCUACAGCGACCUCGAUCUUGGCGUGUCCGAUGACGACCUGCAGCUGAACGAGUAUCCCCGUGACAAGCUCGUGAUAGUGGAGAAGCUGGGUUGCGGUGUGUUCGGCGAGUUGCACCUAUGCGAGACGAAAGGAUACAGCUCAAGCCUCGUGGCCGUGUCCACACUGCGACCGGGCGCCUCGGACCACAUGAAGAAGGAGUUCCGCUCGAAGGCGAAGCAGCUGAGCCGGCUGAAUGAUCCGAACAUCGUGAAGCUGCUCGGAGCCUGCCUGAAGGACGAACCGAUCUGCAUCGUGCUCGACUACAAGUACAGCACCGAUCUGAACCAGUUCCUGCAGGAGCACACGGCCGAAACCGGCUCGCUGGUGCAGCACAACUCGUUGAGCUACGGGUGCUUAAUCUACAUCGCCACGCAAAUAGCGUCCGGAAUGAAGUAUCUAGAACAGAUGAACGUAGUGCAUCGCGACCUCGCGGCUAGGAGUUGCUUAGUUGGACCACAGCUGGAGAUAAAAAUCUGUACACUAGGAACUGUGAUAAAUCGCAUAGCAUAUCCCGCUGACUACUGCCACCUCGAGGGAGCCGGAAGACAAUCACAACCGAUGCCGAUCCGGUGGAUGGCCUGGGAGAGCGUCCUUAUGGGCAAGUUCACAUCCAAGUCGGACGUCUGGUCGUUUGCCGUGUCGCUGUGGGAAAUUUUGACCUUCGCCCGGGAGCAACCGUUCGAGAACCUGAGCGACGACAAGGUGAUCGAGAACAUCGGGCACAUGUACCAGGACAACAAGAAACACAUUCUGCUUCCAAUACCCGUCGGGUGCCCGCGUGAAAUCUACGAUCUGAUGUGCGAAUGCUGGCAGCGCAACGAGGCGAGCCGGCCGAACUUCCGCGAGAUCCACCUGUUCCUGCAGCGGAAAAACCUAGCCCAACCGCACACCGUUCUAGCUGACCCGGUCCGGCUGAUGACGGCCAAGCGCACGAAAACGCUGACGAGAAACUAA